AUGAGCGACGUGUCAGAAGCAUCCCCUGGAAACCCGCCGCAAGAGAAGUCCAAACAAAAGUGCCGUCCACCAGUCUCUGGGACGGAAUUGGAUUUGCGCGCCAAUCGCAAAAACGCGCAGACGGCACUAAGGAAAUCACAACAGCAAGAGAGAAUAUACGUGACUAAAAAGCAGGCUAGUUUCGCCAAAUCCGAGGCGCACAAAGCUAAGAUGCACUUUCGGCUAUCCCAGAAGAAUUUUAAAAUCGCAGUUGUGUGCACCAUGAGUGCCGUUCGAAACUACCCCGCUAUAAUCCGAGAAAAGAUGGAUGUGAAGAGGCAAAAAAAAAUGGAGAGAAACGUGGUCAAAGCUGAGAAUACUCGAAAGACAUUGGAAGAAAUAGCAGGAAAGCGAUCUAGAGCCCAGAGUACUGCCUAA